CCAGCGGCUGCAGCAGGUGGUGGUGGCGGUGGCGGCGGUGGUGGUGGUGGAUAUUCAAUGCCCGGAGGAGGUGGAACUACCUCAGCUUACUUUGGAGUCAUGGGAGCACCGACAGGCGGCGGUCAAAAAAUGGGUGGCGCGACAGGUGGUGCACCGACAGCACCUGGAGUUUCAGCAUAUUUCACUCCAACCGGAGGCGGUUCUGGUGGAGCACCGGGAACAACCUCAGCUUAUUUCGCGGUCAGAUAAUGCAAUUAGUUAA